AUGGCUAAUAACUCGUCAAGCUAUGUUAACCUACUACAGAGUCAACUUCCAGUUGAUCUUGAUGCAGCCGAACCUUUAUGGUUCGGUAGCGAAGGUCCUGAUGAGGCUUAUGUGAUGUCUGGUAGCGAAGUGCCUGAAGCGUCUGGUGUGAAGUCAACUCCCCAACAAUCUGAGAGAAGGAAAUGGUCUCCCAAAGAGGAUAUAAUCCUCAUUGGGGCAUGGCUUAACACCAGUAAAGACCCGAUCGUGAACAAUGAGCAGAAAGGUGGAGCAUUUUGGAAGCGGAUUGUGGAGUACUACAACGCAAACCCUCUCUUGGUUGGGCAAAUACCGAGAGUCCUCCAUUCUUGCAAGCAGAGGUGGUCUCGGAUUAACGACCACGUUUCAAAGUUUUGUGGUUGCUAUGAUCGUGCUCUUCGCCAGCAAAGAAGUGGUCAGAAUGAUGACGAUGUGAUGAAGGCUGCUUUAGAUUCUUUCUUCAAUAUUAUGAACAUAAAGUUCACCAUGGAUCACUGCUGGAGGGAGCUGAGGUAUGACCAGAAAUGGUGCUCACUGGUUCAGGGUAAGGACACUGUUAAGGAGAAGCGCAAAGUGGUGGACCUCGAUGGAGAAGAAGCGGCUGUGGGAGAAGAAGAGGCUAGACCUCCCGGGGUGAAGGCUGCGAAAGCUCUCAAGAAGAAGAAGAAUGGCAGAGAGGAGGAGUUGUCAAACUUACAUGGCGUUUUACAAAUCAAAGAAAAACUCUCAAGGCAAAAGCUCCUUGAUCGUUUAUUCGCGAAAAAGGAGCCUCUAACUGAGAUGGAAACAACUGUUAAGGCUGAAGUUGGUCAUGGGUGCACUGAAGGUUGGGCAAGUCACGGGUGCAUUAGGAGUAGUGGAAGUCACGGGUGCUUUGAAGUAGUUCACGGGAUGUCAUCAUCUUCAUCCAAUGAAAUGGAAGAAUUGGAAGAAAGAUUGGACGAAGUUUUCGAAGAUAUCUGUGAAGAUACAAUCAACAACAUUAUCGAGGCCCAAACCAAAAAGCAAAAGAAACGAGCAUAUAUUGAACGAAACCGUGAAGCAUGA